CGCCGGAGCUGUAUGCCCGAAUCCACUUCACCAUCUAUCCCUCCCGGAAGAAAACGUCAUCUUCUUCCUCUUCAUGAAGUUACAAUAUACAAUUGUAGCUGGAUACCAUAUCUCCCCGAUUCAGACCACCCGGACUGACGGGAUGACGCCGUGCUGAAAGACUGCGCAGGAAAGUUCCCCACAGCUGAGAAGCGGCGGGGUAUACUACAAUCUAUCUACCACCCUACGAUCUACUUACUUUGAACUGCUGUAACAUCAGUUCUCCCUAUCUACAUUGUGUGCUUGAGACUGUAUAGGCUGACAGUCAGAACCGGCUGACCAAGCCAUGUCGUUCAAGGCAAAGGACCUCGCCUAUGGUGCGCUUCUUUGUACCCCUCGCCCCCUUCCCAGACAACGCUAACCGAUUCCCAGAGGCCAAACAGCCAGCGUUCCUACAAAGACUCAAGAACCAGUACGGAGACACCUCCGGUCGUCUGGAGAGACCCAUUGCGCGACCGCGAAAACCGAAGAACGAGACCGACGAUGACGGACCUACCUACGUCGACGAGGAGAGUAAUGAGAUCAUCUCCAAGGAAGAAUACGAAGCUCUCGUUCGCGGCGACGAGGACAGGGAAGGCUAUAACGACAAUGCCCCGAAGGACCCGGAAGACAAAGGCGCGUCCGGGUCUGGGAUGGGCGUGGACGGGACGGCCUCCAAACAGAACGUGGCGGAGAUAGGAGGACCUCGCAAGAGGAAGCAGGCCAAGGUGGUCGGAGAAGAACCUCGUGCGGAAGAAACCAAGGAGACACCGAGGAAAGACUCAGGCAGUCGCAAGGCGAAGCAGAAGAAAAAGAUCAAGCUCUCGUUUGAUGAUGAGUCAUGAUGAUGCCAUUUGAGUCAUUCCACUUCACCUUUGUACUAUACCCAUUGUAUACCACCAUGUCUGGAAUUUAGUUGCAUGCCCCCUAAGUAGUAGUAGCGAGC